UCUCCUGUCCACUGAUGCGCACAGCGGCGUUCGAUCUUGAGGCCAGCGCCAGCGAGCCACGGUUUCAGCUGGCUGCGCCCGGAGGCCCGACGCCGGUGCUCGAUUCGCCUCCCGGAUCGGCCCCGGAGCCGCCUCCGUCCGAGGUGCCUGACGUGGUUCGCACCUACUUCCCCGAGACGUGGCUGUUCGAUCUCCACACGGUCGGGGACGACGGCUCGGUGACGCUGACACAGAAAGUACCGGACACCAUCACCGAGUGGGUAGGCGGAGCCGUGUGCAGCUCGGAGACGGCCGGCCUUGGCGUGGCGCCGUCAGCCUCCCUCACCAGCUUCCAGCCGUUCUUCGUCAGCUACACGCUGCCGUACUCGGUGAAACGCGGCGAGACGCUCGUGCUCAAGGUCUCGGUGCUCAACUACAACGAAGAGGCGCUGCCGGUCAAGCUGACACUGGUGGCGUCGGACGAGUUCGAGACGCUCUCGGCGCCGGUGGUGACCUCGUGCGUGUCGACCGGCGUGGCCGAGGUCGUGCCGUACCGGCUGCGGCCCGGCCAGCUCGGCGACGUUAACAUCACCGUGGUAGCUGAAGUGUACUCCGACUUCCCCGCCGAGUGUGGCUCAGGGGUGGUGCCCUACUUCAGGGACGCCGUGACCAGGCCGAUUCUGGUGGAGCCGGAGGGCUUCGAGCGUGAAGUCAUCCACUCCUUCUUCAUGUGCAUCAGCCCGGAGGGUGCCAACCUGUCGAGCGGACCGAACAGACGGGAGGUUGACUGGCCGCUGCUUCUGCCGGCCGACCUGGUGCCCGACUCCGAGCGGGCUCAGAUCGCCGUCGUCGGAGACCUGCUGGGACCCAGCAUUGACAACCUGGAGUCGCUGGUACGGCAGCCAACCGGUUGCGGCGAACAGAACAUGGUGCUCUUCGCUCCCAACAUUCACGUCAUGAAGUAUUUGACUGCAGUUGGUCAACUGACUGAGCAAAUCAAGGAUAAACUUGCCAGAUUUAUGAAAUCAGGCUACCAGCGCGAGCUGGGCUACCGUCACGAGGACAAAUCCUACUCGGCAUUUGGCAAGUCGGACGACUCAGGCUCCAUGUGGCUGACCGGCUUUGUCAUCAAGUCGUUCGGUGACGCGAAGAAGUUUAUUUUCAUCGACGAGGCUGACCUGGAAGGAAGCGUGCGAUGGAUCGAAUCCCAUCAAUUGGGUAGCGGCUGCUUCCCAUCUGUGGGGACGGUCCUCCACAAAGAAAUGAAGGGUGGCGUUGGGUCCGGCGGCCAGCAGGCGCUGACAGCCUACAUCGCCAUCGCGCUGCUGCAGUCGGGGGUCGAGCUGGGCGAGAACACCGUCCACGGCGCCUUCCGCUGCCUGACACAGGACAUCAGCUCCGACCUGUACACGCUGACGCUGCUGACGCACGCGCGCGCCGUGGCCGGCCACCUGGACGAGGCGCGGUUGGGUCUGACAGAGCUCAAGAGCCGCGCCACCAGGGAGGAGGGCCUGGUGCACUGGCGCAACGAAGGGUCUGACGAGAAUCGGGCGCUCAGCGUAGAAAUGGGUGCCUAUAACAUCCUGACGAUGAAGCUGCUGGAGAAAGCCGGUGACGACAGCAGCGAACACUUCAGCGAUGCGCUGGGUGCCGUGCGCUGGAUCACCCAGCAGCGCAACAGUCGCGGCGGCUUCGUGUCCACGCAGGAUACGGUGCUGGCGCUGGAGGCACUGGCCGCCUUCUCGGCCGACCUGCCUCGCUCGAGCAGCGCCGACCUGCGAGUACACGUCUCCGAUGACGGCUCGCUGAAUGACGUCAUCAGCGUAACGGCGGACAGUCUGCUACUGAUGCAAACUCGUGACGUCACACUGCUGCCAGGUCACGUCCAAGUCAGAGCACAGGGCACCGGCUGCGCCCUGGUGCAGCCGGUUGUUUCGCCAGCAAACGACGCACUGACGAUCAACGUGGCUGCCAAGCCCAAAAUGAACCAGCGGGAGUGUCUGAAGCAUACCAUAGACAUCUGCGUCAGCUACCUGAAGGAGGAUAGCGAAACCAAUAUGGCUGUGGUCGAGUUGGACAUGGUCAGCGGGUUCAUUCCCAACAAGGGAAGUCUGAAUGACCUCAAGCAGAACGUCGAGUUGGGUCUGAAGCGCUGGGAGGUCAACAACAACAAGGUGGUCUUCUACUUCGACUCGCUGGAUGGAAAGGAGCGCUGUUUC